AUGAAUCCUAUUAAACAUUACGAAAUAAUAGAAAUAUCACCGAAAGGAGAAUGUAUUGCUGCUUAUAGUAAAAAAAACAAAGUUAUUGACUGGUACUGGUAUGUCGACGUAGACAACAAUGAAAAUGACGCCAAUGAAAAUGAAAAAGACAACAAUGAAAAAGACGACAAUGAAAAAGAUGACGCAGCUACGUUUUUACUAGUAGACGGAGAUUUGAAUUAUAAGCUCAGACAAAGUGUUUAUGCAUAUGGCGAUACAAUUUCAGCUAUGUGUGUCUCUGAUCAAAUGAAGAUAGCGUAUAUUCAAGAUAAUUAUUUUAUCAGGAUCAUCGAUAUGAAAAAUAUUUAUCAAGAAAAGAAAUUGAAAUUGAAUUUUGAAGUAUCGGAGGUACAACAUUGUAACUUUAACCUUGAAGGAGAUCUUAUCUUCUCUUGCACGGUUGACGGCUUUAACGGGUUGGAAAAUAUUGUUUGCAUUUAUUCAAUACAAACCAAAACUAAUAAAACAAAGUGGAAAAGGUUCUUCAAGAUAUCUGAUGGGGCGGAUGUAAUAAACAUAUCAAAGUAUAAUAAAAUUUUACUACGUUUAAAUGAUAAUAUAUAUGAAUGGGAUGUUCUUAUGGGUCAUACAACUAUAAUAACAAAAAGCAUAUAUGAGGAAUACACCUGUUUGAAAUUAGAUAACAUUAUUGUUGUUUAUUCAAAUGAAUUGUCUUUUCCUAUUGCGAAAUUUAAUUUAAAAAAUGAAGAAAAACAAAAACAACUGCAUGUUUUUGAUAUAAAACGUCCAAACUUGAGAUGUUUAUUACUUUCUUUGUUUGAUAAUGCAUUAUUAGAAUCAAUGAUUGUAGAUUCAAAUGACAGCAUUGAAGCUAAGGAGGUCGAAUUUGUUAAGCCCAAAAAUGAUUAUGAUCACUUAACUUUUUCUGAAAUUGGGGAUGAUUUAGGAAGGGAAUAUCAAUUGGAGAAAGGUUCUAUUAUUUGGAAAAUUGAAGAAAAACAGAAGAUCAAAGUUAAUAAUGAAGACACCAAGAGAAAGAAUAUCAAAGGCGAAAUCACUCAAUACGUGAGGGAUUUUGACAAAAAGAUAAAUAGGUAUAUAAACUUAGUUCAAAAAGUCAAACGCGAGAAGGAAGAUAUAAGUAAUAAAUUAGAUGAAUUUGUAUCUAAAAUUAUAGAAUUAAGAUUAAAUCUUAUGCAAUUAUCAAAACAUUUAGUUGAUGAGAUAAUUCAAAUUGAAGGAUUAGAUAAAGAACUUUCAAAUUGGAAAAUUAUUACAGGAAAAAUUGUUUUUGAUCAGGUUGACAAAAUUGACAAAAUUGAUGAACAAAAUAUAAGUUUAGUGGAACAAUUACAAAAUGAUUUUAUUUACGGCAUUAAUAAUUUAUCUGAGGAAUUAAAUAAAAAUCUUUGCAAACAGAAAAAGCAUAAUAUAAAAUCAAAAUUGGAGAAAUUAUUUAUUAAUCAAAUAACCCAUCUCAACAAUUUCGAAUCAGAUGAUGAGAAACAAAUAAAGUUUAAUAACAUCGUGGAAGAUUUUACUAGGAAAAUAAAGAUAAAUGAAUUCGAAGAUUUAGAAGUAUCAAAUAUUAUUACUAAAUAUAUUACAAAUUUUACAAAUUUAACGAUUGAUUUUGAAGAUGGAAUAGACGAAGAAAUAAAAAAACUGAAAACUAUUUAUGAAACAUUUAAAAACAUAAUUUCCAACAUAAAUAAACCUUUAAUUGAUAAGAUAAUUAAUUCUAAUGCAAAUGAUCCAACACGAGAAACUCAUAUUAGAACUAUAGUAAAUGAAAUAGAAAUAAAUAAAAGAAACACAUUCGUGGCUAGUUUUAUUACAGGUAUCGAGGAAAUUAAAAUUAAAGGAUUAGAGAAAGAUUUUAUUAAUAAAGAAAUAAGAAUGCCCGAUAUUGAUGAUUCGGAUUUAGAGAAAUAUCAUAUUAAAGAAUCAUCUUCGACAACCAAAGAUAUGUUUAUCAGGAUAAAGGAAAAUUUUUUUAAGGAGAUAAAAGAAAUUGAUGAGGAAGAAAGUAAUAAACAGAAGGAAAAAAUUGAAACAUCGGUGAACAAUUUUGUUAAAAUGAUAAUAAAAAUCGGGUUAUUGAAAAAUUUUAAUGAACAAACAAAACAAGGCAAUAAAUCAGAGGAACUGAUUAAGAAAUUAAUGGAAAAUGUAACCAAUUUCAAAGAUUUAUUAGAUGAUUUAAAUAAGUUUAAAAAUAUAAUUGUUAUUGAUGAAGGAGAAGAUUCACUGAAAAAAAGUCGAGAAAAAUUUAAGAAUUUAGUGAAUAAUUUUAUUGAAGAGAUUGAGAUAAUUAAGAUUAAAGGAUUGGAAAAUGAUCUUAUUGAAAAUAUACUUAAAGAGGAAGAUCUAAACGAAACAAAAUUAAUUGAUUUGGUGAGAACUUUUACAGUUGAUUUUGCUUUAGCUAAAAAGACAAUUGAACGAUCAGAAACAAAAUUUAAAAAAAGGAUAACUGAACAAAUUGCAGCAAAAAAUUUGGACAGCAAAAUUAUUAAACCCAUAGUGAAAAAAUUUAUUUUAGUAAUUGAAGAGAUAAAUAUAGCUAAAUUUGAAAAGCAGUUGAAUAGUUUUAUUGAAGAGAAAUCUAUUAAGGAGAAAAUUUACAAUGAAAAACCGAACAAAAUUGAAGAAAGUAAUGUUAAUGCACUAGUGAAUUCCUUUAUUGAAAAAUUAACUAAUGAUAAAGGAACCUCUGAGAUAGGAACAGAUAAAUAUAAAAAGUCAGUAGACAAGUUUAUCGACCUGUUAGAGAUAACUAAAUGUAAAAAAUUGGAGGAAGUCCUUACAAAGGCAAUAAAGAAGUCAAUUAAUAAAGUGCCAACUGAGAAAAUUGAUGCAAAGCAAAUAGAGAAUGAAUUAAAGAAAGCCCUUAAGAAAUUAGUUGAAGGGGAGGAUUUUAUUGUCGAUAUAGAAGAGAUAACUAAAGAUUUUAUUGAAUGGAUAAAAAAAAUGAACACUGUAGAAUUUAAGGAACCUAUAGCCAUUCAAAUUAAAAAUUUAGUGAAUACAUAUAUUAAAGACAAAAAUUUAGCUAAAAUUGAAGAUGAGUUGGCAAAUUAUUUUAUUAAACAGUUAGAUAAAUUUAAAGAGUUAGAGAAUGAUGAUGAUAAAUGGACAUCUAAAAUUAAAGAAUUAAUGAUUCAUUUUACAAAACGAAUAAUGACGGUUGAAGAUUUAGCAAAUGAGAAUAGAUUGAAAAUCAAAAUUUCAAAAGAUGAUUUAUCAAUUGAUGAGAAUUUAAUUCGUUUUUUUUGUUCAGACAAGAUGUAUCUUGAAAUACUUAAAAAUAAUACUGAAGAUACCAUGAAAGAUCUUAAUAUACUUGCAAGCAAAUUGUUAAAUGAUGAUUCCAUCAUUCUUUUAACAAAGAUUGGCAUUUUUAUUUUUCAUUUAAAUAAGGAUGUGAGGUUAUGUACAAGUAAAGGUGAAAGGUUAAUUUCUUUGAAUUAUUUCCACCCUAUGCACGAUCCGGAAGGCAAGAUUAAAAGGAUUAAAGAAACAUUCGGAUACAAAAUUGAAUUUGAUGAGUUGAUUUAUGGAACUAUUUCACAUAUUAAAGAAAACAAUGAAUAUUUUUUAAAAUAUGGCACUGCAUUAUUAAUGUUUGCCAUUGAGGAACAUGAUGUAGAUUUAAUAGAAAAUAUUUAUAAGAAAUGUUUAAAUGCUUUCAAUGAAGAUUUUGAAGAAAAUAAGUCAUUUUUAAGUAUUAUUACUAGAUCAAUGCCAUUAUUGAAUAAACAUUAUCCUGAAUUUGUUGAAAGAUUUUCAUCAAAUACAAGAAUGAUAACAGAUUCCUAUGAUUAUAAAAUAGAUCAUCUUAAUACUCCACAUCUUCAUCACUUUUCCGAUAUCGAAAUAGUUGAUUUAACUGGAUCGAUUUAUUGGCAUAGUUAUAAUUAUCGAAUUACACAACAAAUGGAAGGGAAAUCAAUAUUUCCCGAAAACUUGAAUCCUACAAUUACCUUUAUGAAUCCUUAUAUCAAAUUUGUUAGUUAUCCACAAAAAGAUGGUAGGCGGUGGUGGUUAUCGGAUUUCUUUAAACCCACACCUAGUCCAUUUGUAAAAACAAUAAGUAGUGCGAUAUAUAACACAUGGAAUGGUGAAGCAUUAGUUAACUUCAAGUGGAAUAAAUAUGGAUUUUAUUAUUAUAUAGUUAUUUGGACCAUGUUUAAUAUUUUACUUGUAUGCUUUAUUGUUGCAACGACAUUUUCUGAUCAUUACAUAUCUGAAGGUUUCAGAAAUCAACUUUUAAUCGCUUCAAUUAUUCUUGGAUUUUUUCAUUCCACUGUUGAGUUUCGUCAGGUUAUUUAUGAUGGUGGUGAAUGUUAUGUUCAAAUACAAGAAGAUGGAACCAUUGCACCAGGUCAAAUAUUGACUCAACAACCUGAUUCAAACACAAACAUGUUUACGGAUUAUGAUACAGCAAUUUUUUCAACGUAUUUAUUUCUAACAGGAGAUUCAAGCGCCUUUUCUAACUGGGAAUAUAAAAACAACACAUCUCUUGCUAUAUUGAUGUUUUUAUUCUCUUUAACAAUUGCUGUAUACCUUAUGAAUUUGUUGAUUGGAUUGCUAAGUAAUGCCAUUGAGAAAGAUAACAAUAGAGCUUCAUAUUUUAAACAAAAGGCAAAGAAGGAAUGGGAUUCCAAUGAAUUUCCAGAAUUAAAGCAAAAAUUAUUAACCAAGCUCAAUAUUCAGGAAAAUUCCGAAGAAGAAUUAUUAUCUAUUGUUAUAGAAAGGACAUACAAGCAAAUAUUCGAUAAAAAUAAAAAGGAUUCCGAGAACUCUCAGAGUUAA